GAUUGGGGAUCACCCAAACCAACCUCUUCAAGCCGAGUCCAAUUCGCCCCUAAGACUCGAAGGAGAAACUUCAUUCCCGACGAGCAAGAUCUUCAGUCCCGAAGGCAGCUAAUUCGUCAAAUUGACCACAAGAUCAAGAGACGGAAUGCCCGACGCUGGAAAAUCGAUUUCAAACCUACCGUGCUUGCCACCAUUAUCGAAGAUCCAGCAGAAGAAGAUUUGAGUGACAUUGAGUCGUCUUUAGAUACUGGAUUUAUUGAUGGCGAAGUCGACCCUGAAAUCAUUGCAAUCGCGCUCAAGAACCACCGACAAAUGCUUCCAACGGUCCUUCAUGACAUGCUCUCCAAUAUUCCCAUACCCAUGGAUUUGGAUGACGACGACGACAACAACGACGAGCCCUGCAUGGAAGAACAAGCACCAUUGUCACUCAAGCGAACCGCAACUUCCUGCCUUAUUUCAUCCAGACCCACCAAGCGUCGCAAAAUGAAUUCAUCAUCUACGGUUCCAACUUGCGCUGCAACAUGGGCCAAACGAACCAACGAACUCUUCACUCCUUUGCUGCCUGUCAUUAUCGAAGAUCCAGAAGAAGACGGCGACGAGAGCCACAUUGACUCGUCGUUGGAUGCUGGAUUCAACGAUGACAUCGCCAAUCAACGAUCGACUCAACUUGCCAAAGCUGACGCCAUUUGGGUCAAGAAGGCCGAGGAGAUCUUGGGCGAGAAGGCGAAUUUGAACAAGAUGACCAAGACCGAGAGAGCCAAGUGGGCAAAAAAGGCAAGGGCUAGAAAUAGCAAGGGCCAGAAGGAGGAAAUGUCUGAAAAGGAAAUCGAUUUUGAACCAACCCUUCUUGUCAUUAUCGAAGAUCCAAAGAAGGAGGAAGAAGAAGUCGACGACGUGAACGAGAAGAAGGAAUUCAAACCUUCCCUCCAUGUCAUCAUCGAAGAUCCAGAGGGAGAAGACUUGAGUACCAUUGACGAGUCGCCUUUGGAUGCUGGAUUGAUUAAUGACGACUUCGAUUCUUUGGAGGAUGGCAGCGAUGGCGAGAUUUUUGCAGCACCAACCGAGCAAUCUGACAACGCAGCUACUAAUGAUAUUCCUUCUGAUGAAAUGGGAUCUGGAUGGACCGAAUCUGGAAAGCGCUACAGUCGACGACUACAGCUCAAGCUUUCGCCAGAUAAGAAGGACCCUUCUACUGAAGCUUUGGGAUCUGGAAUGACGGAAAAAGGACGACGAUACAGUCGCCGAGUGGUAAAUCGAGGAAAAGGUGCCAAUUAA